GAAAAUCAACAAUUUUAAUCCUGAAAUUGUCCCAGCUCGCCACAACACUCCAAGGAUGUGGAAACUCGUUCAUUUAUUGCUUUUUGCGGCUCACGUCGUCUCGGGCGGUCUUUUCGACAAAGACGACGCCGCUGAGGAUGAGGUAUGCUACGGGGACCUCGGGUGCUUCAGCACCGCCUACCCCUUCCUGGACCCGCCGUAUCGCGGUGUCAGCGUCUUGCCGGAAUCACCCGAAGCCAUCGCUACCACCUUCCAUCUCAAUACUCGCAAGAAUCCCUCGGUGGCACAGAUUUUGUUAAACAAGGACAACACAUCCCUUUUGAGCUCCUACUUCGAUCCUACCAGAGAAACCAAGAUCAUCUGCCACGGUUUCACGGAGAACGGCGACAAGCAGUGGGUGGUGGACAUGGCUAUGGCCCUGCUCAACUACGGCGACUACAACGUGAUCAGGACCAACUGGAACGAAGGAUCCCUGGCGCUGUAUUCAAAGAGUGUGGCCAACACGAGGGUAGUUGGAGCCGAGAUAUCGCUGCUCAUCGACAGAAUCAAGGCGUUGUACAAUAUCAACGGACAAUCGAUCCACCUGAUCGGGCACAGCCUGGGCGGGCAUGUCAUGGGCUACGCUGGGGAAAGACAAGGGGACAUUGGACGCAUCACCGGGUUGGACCCAGCUGGACCGUAUUAUGAGGCCACGGACCCGCGUGUUCGCCUGGACGAGACGGACGCACAAUUCGUCGACGUCAUCCACACUAAUGUCAACCCGAUCUGGACCCUGGGCAUGGGCAUCUACCAGCCAUCUGGGCACUUGGACUUCUACGUGAAUGGCGGAGAUGACCAGACGGGCUGUGACCAAUCAGUGACCCAGGAUAUCAUCUCGGAGGGUGGUUUCAUUGACGGAGGAGUCCAGUUCGUAACUUGCGACCACAAUCGCGUCAAUAAACUCUUCACUGAUUCCGUUGGUACGCGCUGUCACGAGGCAUAUUACUGCGAGGGCGAGUACGUGGCCGACUUCAUCGAAGGGGCCUGCGCGUUGACCCAACGGGUGGCCGAGAUGGGAUUUCACGCUGAUCUCUACAAGCCAACGGACAACUCGAAAAACCUGGUGUUCUACCAGAAAACGAUCGGAGAGGAGCCGUUCUGUGGUUUUCAUUACCGAUUCGACAUACACUUUGACGACCCGUGGAGAGCCGCAAACGGCAAAGGCAAUCUGUUCGUCACCCUCAUCGGCACCAGUGGAAACCAGGAAAGACUGCAGUUGACUGCUGACAUGCAGGAGUUUCGCCCCGGCCAGGACUACCGAUUCAUGGCAGUGACCGGGGCGCCGAUGGGCACUCUCUCGGGUCUGUACUUCGAGUGGGAGUACGACACCGCGUGGUACAAGCCCUGGGAGUGGGACAUCUUCACCAAACCGGACUUUUACGUGCACAGGAUUGAGGUGUACUCGGCGAAUGACUUCACGAGCUACAUCAUGUGCGGCCAGAAAGACCCCAUCAAAGCAAACAGAGACGUGGCGGCUUUCUUUCCCGUGGACAAGUGUGACUGACGAGUGUGACGUCUUUCUGCCAGCGUGACGUGCGACUGUGACGAGCGUGAUGCCAUUUUUUUGCGUGACUACCAACUUUCAUAUAGUGAAGGCUUCCAGGGAAGGCACUAUUCCAUUUUUCCAAUGAAAAAUAAACAAGCUAAAAAUAUAGCGUAUAAAUUGUGCUUCCAAAAUCAUUUGCCGUUUUAAGUCAACAAUUCGAAUCAAUCUUUGAUCAGUCGUCGUGUUUGGGACGGUGACCGUUAUUGUACAAGUCAGUGAGAUGUCUAUUUUUCUUUAUAUCAAUAAAAUAUGAUUUAAAAACAAAAUGGAAUUCGUCAAAA